UGGAGGCCCAGUGUUUGUCAGGUUAGCAGUACGUGCAGUCAUCGUUUUCUCUGGGAAGUGAACUGGUGUUACUUUGGCGCCUGUAAUUAACAAGCAUGUCGAAAACGUCAGAAGAGCGCUCACUUUUGGUUCUGGAGAACUACAUCGGAGGAAAGUUCGUCUCUUGUCGGAGUUACAUCGACUCCUACGACCCGUCAACUGGCGAGGUCUACUGCAAAGUGCCGGACAGUGGCAAGGAGGAGGUGGAUGCAGCAGUGGCAGCAGCUAAAGAAGCGUUCCCCGAAUGGUCUGCAUGCAGCCCAGAGCAGCGAGCGAAGAUCCUCCACAAACUGGCUGACCUGAUUGAGGCCAACCUUGAGGAGUUUGCACAAGCUGAGUCCAAAGAUCAAGGUAAAACGAUAACAGCUGCACGGACUGUGGAUAUUCCCCGGGCAGCGUACAACUUCCGCUUCUUUUCGACAUCCAUGCUUCACCACACCACCGACUGCAGCCCAAUGGACCACAUGGGCUGCCUGAACUACACUAUCCGCUGCCCCGUGGGAGUGGCUGGUUUGAUCAGUCCCUGGAAUCUGCCCCUGUACCUUCUGACCUGGAAGAUUGCACCUGCAAUCGCUGCAGGCAACACAGUGGUGGCCAAACCCAGCGAGAUGACCUCUGUGACCGCCUGGAUGCUGUGCAAGUUGAUGCAGCAAGCAGGUGUUCCUCCCGGUGUCGUCAACAUCGUAUUUGGCAGUGGUCCAAGAGCCGGUGACGCGCUUGUUAGUCACCCUGAGGUCCCUUUAGUCUCCUUCACUGGGUCCACAGCCACUGCCCAGCGCAUUACCGAGCGGAGCGCCCCCUACUGUAAGAAGCUCUCACUGGAGCUGGGAGGCAAAAACCCAGCUAUUAUUUUUGCUGACGCAGACUUAGACCAGUGCAUCGAGACCACCGUCCGAUCCAGCUUUCUCAAUCAGGGUGAAGUCUGCCUGUGUACCAGCAGGAUUUAUGUAGAGAGGAGUAUUUACUCGGAGUUCCUGGAAAGGUUUGUGGCUGCGGCUAAGAAGUGGAAGACUGGUGUCCCCUCUGACCCCAGCAGCAAAAAUGGAGCGCUCAUCAGUAAAGAACACCUGGAGAAGGUUCGUAGCUAUAUAGCCCUUGCCAAAUCAGAAGGUGGCAUAAUUCACUGCGGUGAGGGGCUCGACCAGCUGGACCUCCCGCAGCGCAACAAGUCUGGAUACUUCAUGCCGACGACGGUCAUCACAGGCAUAUCUGACAGCUCCCGUGUCAUGCAGGAGGAGAUCUUUGGUCCCGUCACCUGUAUCAGCCCCUUUGAUACUGAGGAUGAAGCUGUUGCCAGGGGCAAUGGUGUACGUUACGGUCUGUCAGCCACAGUGUGGUCCAAGGAUGUGGGGAAGGUUCACAGGGUGGCCCAGCGGUUGCAAGCAGGUCUGGUGUGGACCAACUGCUGGCUGGUGAGAGAUCUGAACCUCCCAUUUGGAGGAAUGAAGAACUCUGGUGUGGGAAGGGAGGGAGGAAAAGAUUCCUAUCACUUCUUCACAGAGGUGAAGAGUAUCACUAUCAAGCACUGAGAGAGGAAAGUUUGUUUAUUUGUAGAAUACAAAAGUCAAAAAUGUCUGGAGCGACAAAUAUAAGAAAACAAUCAAAUCCAAUAUAAAUUUGCCACCAUUUGCCAAUAAAGUUGCUGAAAUUGCA